AUGUCCCAGCAACUUUUCUCCCGGGCUCUGGUGUCAAUAAACUGGCUAGCUGGAGCCCUGAAAUCAGGUCAACCAGGCCCAGCUCUGCGUGUACUGGAUGCAUCGUUCUACUACCCACCAAUUAGGAAUGGACGUAAGGAGUAUGUAGAAAAGCACAUACCAGGAGCAUUAUACUUUGAUAUAGACGAAUGUAAGGACCAGACGUCUCCCUAUGAAAUGAUGCUACCCAAUGAAUCUGCCUUCGCCAAAUAUGUGGGCAACCUUGGCAUCAAUAAUGCUAGCCACGUUGUGGUGUACGAUGCUGAUCAAGUGGGCACUUACUAUGCCGCAAGGAUCUGGUGGAUGUUUAAGGUCUUUGGUCAUCAAAAGGUGUUUGUUCUGAAUGGAGGGUUCAGGAACUGGGAGAAGCAGGGACAUCCAGUAACAUCCAAAGUAAUACAACACCAGCCAGAGACUUAUAAAGCUGUGCUAAAUUCUUCCCUGGUAAAGACAUUCGAAGACGUCCAAAGAAAUCUAGACAGCAAAAGAGUUCCAGCUGGUGGACUCACGUUCUGAAGGACGAUACACUGGGACAGAACCUGAACCAGGAGAAGAAAUAUUCCCUGGACACAUCCCUGGCUCCUUAAACCUCCCGUUCACCAGUUUUUUGACAGAAGAAGGAUUUGAGAAGUCACCUGAAGAGAUGCAAUGUCUUUUUCAAGAUAAAGGAAUAGAUCUGAAGAAGCCCCUGACAAUUACUUGUCGGCGUGGUGUAACAGCCUGUCAGCUGGCCUUAGCUUCCUACAUUCUGGGCAAGGAAGAUACUGCCAUCUAUAAUGGGUCUUGGUAUGAAUGGUUCCAUCGGGCCAAGCCAGAACAAAAAAAUCACUGUCUGGAAAAAUGACAAAUAG